AAAAAGAGAAAAAACAUUAAAAAAUAAAAAAAUAAAAAAAUAAACAAAAUCACACCACUGAUGCACGGCGCCGGCAAGCCGCUACUAGGUGCUCCUAAUUUAGGAGGACCGGUUGUUUCUGAUUAAUUGCCCAACUCUUUUUUCUACAGAAGAGAAAGGCCCACUCUUCUUUUUUGGCGCAGAGGUGACAACUCACUCCUACUUAACAAGUUGUCAAGCUUUUCCACAUUUUGCAAUUUCUCCUCCCUUCCUUCUUCGAUUUGCUCAUCUUCCGAAUCUCCCCAAUCCCAAAAAACCCAGCACACUUCACUGAGAAUCUAUUAAGAAGAUCGAAAUGGCCACCGACAAUGACGCCCCUCCCAGAUCCGAAUCCGGAUCCACACCUGUGAACGGCCCCGAUACCCCUACUACCCCCGCCCGGAAAGUCGCCCUGAUCACCGGCAUCACCGGUCAAGAUGGUUCUUACCUCACCGAAUUCCUCAUUACCAAAGGCUACGAAGUCCAUGGCCUUAUACGUAGAUCAUCCAAUUUUAAUACCCAGCGAAUCAACCAUGUCUAUAUCGAUCCCCACAAUGCCCACAAAGCCCGGAUGAAGCUCCAUUAUGCCGACCUUACCGACGCCUCUUCUCUCCGCCGCUGGCUCGAUAUCAUCAAUCCCGACGAGGUUUACAACCUCGCCGCCCAAUCCCAUGUCGCUGUUUCAUUCGAGAUCCCGGAUUACACCGCCGACGUUGUCGCCACCGGUGCCCUCCGCCUCCUCGAAGCCGUCCGUUCUCACAUCUCCGCCACGGGCAGGUCCAACAUUAAGUACUACCAAGCCGGGUCAUCGGAAAUGUUCGGAUCCACCCCGCCCCCGCAAUCUGAAACCACUCCGUUCCACCCCAGGUCCCCUUAUGCAGUGUCGAAAUGCGCCGCCCAUUGGUAUACCGUUAAUUAUCGGGAAGCAUAUGGCAUCUAUGCUUGUAACGGGAUCCUAUUCAACCACGAAUCGCCCCGGAGAGGUGAGAACUUCGUGACCCGGAAGAUCACCCGGGCCGUGGGUAGGAUCAAAAUCGGACUCCAGAGCAAAUUGUUCCUGGGGAAUUUACAGGCAUCCAGGGAUUGGGGAUUCGCAGGGGAUUACGUGGAGGCUAUGUGGAUGAUGCUACAGCAGGAUAAGCCGGACGACUACGUGGUGGCGACGGAGGAAUCUCACACGGUGCAGGAGUUUUUGGAGGUGGCAUUCGGGUAUGUGGGUUUGAAUUGGAAAGACCAUGUGAUGAUUGAUAAACGGUACUUUAGGCCUGCUGAAGUUGAUAACUUGAAGGGAGAUUCCAGCAAGGCAAGGAAAGUUUUGGGGUGGAAACCCAAAGUAGGAUUUGAGCAGCUGGUAAAGAUGAUGGUGGAUGAAGACAUUGAGUUGGCUAAAAGAGAGAAGGUUCUUGUUGAUGCUGGUUAUAUGGAUGCUCAACAGCAGCCCUGAACUGAACACAUUUUUGGUCAUUUGGGUUUUUGUUGAUUGUUAUACUGAGGAUUCACGCAAUUGUUUACAGGACACUACUUUGGUUUUCCCAAUUUUAUUUUCAGAUACUUGUCUAGCUUAUAUGAUCAUAUUGGAAUUUUAAUUCUUGUCGCAGGGAAUUCGAACAUUCUUCAGCAUUCACUGUUUUGGUUUUCCAGUAUUUUUACUUGAUUCCAUUUUGUUUGAUUGCUUAUGAAGCUGAAAUUUUCAAUCAAUCUGUCAUGUGGGCCUUUCAGUACUUGAACUAAUGUACCACUUUAACUAAUUCCAGAAUUGCUAUUGUUUCAAUCGCUUG